ACCAGAACGGUACAUUACCAUCGCUUUAAAUUGUAACAAAAUCGUUACAAAAUAUACCAGUAAAUACAGUGAAAGUAAAUAGAUAGCAAUACAUUGGCAUUUGGCAAUGCUCGGACAGUCGAGAAUAUCAAGAUUUUUUGUAAAGCAACCGAUGAAACGUAAGUUAGAGGAUCAACAGUCGCCUCCGCGAUCAUCAAAGGCAAUGAAAACAGGAGAUUUAAGUCCAGAGCAGAAAGCUUCAAUAGAGGAGAAAAGAUUGCAAGCGUUGGCUAAGUUCGCAAGUAAAUCUGCUCCAAGUGGAAUGGGAGAAAGUUGGAGGAAAGCUUUAGAAGCAGAGUUUACUAAAGAUUAUUUCAAGAAGCUGAUGGCGUUUGUUCAGACUGAGAGACGAUCACAUACAAUUUAUCCUAAAGAAAGUGAUGUUUAUUCCUGGACCAAGCAUUGCUUGAUCGGUGAGGUGAAAGUGGUGAUUAUUGGUCAAGAUCCUUACCACCAACCACAACAAGCACAUGGUCUAUGUUUCAGUGUUCCGGCUGGUGUUACACCACCACCAAGUUUGGUGAAUAUUUACAAAGAAUUACAAGAUGAUAUUCAAGGAUUUUCAAUUCCUAAACAUGGCAACCUUACUGGAUGGGCAAAACAAGGUGUUUUGUUGCUUAAUGCUUGUCUGACAGUUAGAGCAAGCCAACCAAAUUCACACAAGGACAAAGGUUGGGAGAAAUUCACAGAUGCAGUGAUAAGGUGGAUCAAUACCCACCUUGAUGAUGUUGUGUUUCUCUUAUGGGGUUCCUAUGCUCAAAAGAAAGGUGCUUGCAUUGACAAGAAAAGGCAUUGUGUGCUGAAAUCUGUUCAUCCAUCACCGCUGUCUGCAUACCGGGGAUUCCUGGGUUGUAAACAUUUCUCACAGGCAAAUGAAUAUCUCAAGAAGACGAAGAAAACCCCAAUAGACUGGACUGAACUUCCUGCUGAGGCAUCCUAAUACUUCGUUAUUUGGCAAAAAGACAUUUUUUUUAGAUAAUGCCAUCUUUACAUUGUUUUGCGAAAGAGACGCUGUUGAUAUUCUGAAAGAUUUGUAGUAUUCUGAAAGAUUUGUAGUAUAGAACUAUUUUUGUACAGAAACAAUUUGACAU